ACCACCUUGGAGUGUACCCUGAGACCAGGCUUGGUUUACAACAAAGUGAACCCUAUCUUCCACCACUGGAGCCUGGGGGACUGCAAGUUUGGGCUGACAUUUCAGAGUCCUGCAGAGGCUGACGAAUUCCAGAAGAGUCUGCUGGCUGCGCUGGCUGCCCUCAGCCGAGGCUCCCUCACGGCCUCCUCCUCCUCCUCCUCCUCCUCCCCUUCCCAGGACACUGCAGAGACUCCCUGUGCUGGACCCUUGACAUCCCACGUGGACAGCGACUCCUCCUCCAGUCACAGCCGCCAGGAGACUCCUCCCACAGCUGUUGCAGCUGCCAUUGUCACAGUGGAGUCAACAUCUGCCUUCCCUCCAGCCACGCCUCCACAACGGAGACGCUCCUCUGCUCAGAGCUAUCCUCCGCUUCUACAGUUCACUGGGAUUCCAGAACCCUCAGAAUCUCUAGCUGGGCAUGGGAGCCAGGGCUGGGGCGGCCGUGGCUAUGAGGACUACCGGCGAUCAGGACUACCGGCACCUCUUCCCCUGUCGACCUGCGUGGUGGGCUUUGCCAAGACUGGUGCAUUGAGGGGUGCAGCACUGGGUCCCCCAGUGUCACUCCCUGCUCCUCUCACUGAGGCUGCCCCCCCAGCACCCCCUGUCUGUCCACCCCCAGGUCCAGGCCCCACCCCUGCUCCAGCCAAGGCCUCCCCGGAGGCCGAGGAGGCCGCACGGUGUGUGCACUGCCGAGCACUCUUCCGCCGUCGUGCGGAUGGGCGCGGUGGUCGCUGCGCAGAGGCCCCGGACCCAGGUCGCCUGCUAGUGCGUAGGCUCAGCUGCCUGUGGUGCGCGGAGAGCUUGCUGUACCACUGCCUGUCGGACGCCGAGGGCGACUUCUCGGACCCGUGCGCUUGUGAGCCAGGGCACCCACGCCCUGCUGCGCGCUGGGCUGCCCUAGCUGCGCUGUCCCUGGCAGUGCCCUGCCUCUGUUGCUACGCGCCCCUGCGCGCCUGUCACUGGGUUGCGACACGAUGUGGCUGUGCGGGCUGCGGGGGUCGCCAUGAGGAGGCUGCACGGUGAGGAUCGUUGGGCUGGUUUGAAAAUCGGUCUGAAGACCCAAAAAUGGGAGGGCCCAGAACCCUGAACUCCGUACGAAACCUAAAACCCAAACUUAGGUACGUCUGGAACUUGGAGUUUGAAUGGAUUUGAGAGAUCCCAGAUCUGGUACCUGAACCCCAAACCUAGGAUUAAGAUCCCAGACCCAGCGUCAUCAGGAUGUCUGUCAAGUGGACCCAGGAGUCCUGAAUUCUGGAUUCUCCCUCCCUCUUCCCCACUGAGGAGACUCGUGCAAACAUUGCAUCUCAGAGGGCCCAGGAACUCUCACCUCUGAGACCCAGGGAUCUUGGACCCUGACUAUCUAAAUACCCAACCCAGACUCCAGCUCAUACUUGACAUUGUAAACACUCGUAUCACAGCUCCCAAAUUAAGUCAGGAGUUGCUAAAACCUGAUCCUUUAUCAAAUGACUUAGACCUUGAGGCCAGAGGACCCAGAAUCACCAGAAAACGGUCCCUGAAUUUUCACCUGAGACCUGGUAUAAUAUAUCUACAUCUGGAUGUUCUUAUAGCCCCAGAACCCGGAAACACCAGGAUGGUUUGGAAUCACCAGACACUGACCUGAAGUCCACUCACUCCUGAGAGUCCACAGAUCUUACCAUCAGUUCAUAUGUAAGCGACUCACAGUAGCCCUCAUACCCCAGAUUUAAACUGCACUAAGUCUUCAGAUAUCCUCAAAUAAGAGGUGUUUUCUGACCAAAAUAGCUUGGGAGGCCCUUUUCAGAGCUCAGCAAGGUCCAGAUGUCAGACACCAAGAUGUCCUAGGAGCCGGGAACUGAACACCUGCCCCUCAAGCCAGCAGUUCUUGAGAACUUGGGUCUCAUGGAUGGUCUCUGAGAUGGUCUGGUACCCUCAGAUGUAUGGCUGAAGGCCACCAGCACUUUGAGGCCAAUGCACUGGUUUCAAGUGCUUAGAUAGCCUUCCAGUUUCCCCGGGGCCUGACUUUCAAGAACCCAAAUGUUCUGGAAAUAUUAGCUUCCUUCUGUCAAUGUUCCCUAAUCCCUGUCCAGCUGGGUGGGAGCCUGGAUCUCAGAAGAUGCAGUGGUCAUGGUAACCCCGGGCCUCUCAUCCCUUGACUCUCAGCUCUAGAGCAACCCCAAGGUGCUGUCAAAAGCACUGGGUCUAAGACUCUGAGAUGCCAAUCGGCCCCUGGGUGCAGGAUUCAAGCCCCCACAAUCUUGAGAUUGUUUUUGGCCUGAGACCUUGGUCCCUCUAUACCAGAGACAUUCCGAAGCAAGAUGCCCCAGGGCCUUGACACCUUUAGAUGCCAGCUUUUCUAGACUUCAAAGUACUUUUAGACUGAUGGAGCCCUCGGAUACCUCGCCACCUUGACCCCCAUGAGUCCUGCCAUCCAGAGGCCCACAAAACCACAAAGCCCCAACAACACCCAGAUUUCCUCUUUAUCCUGGGGGGACACUUGCACCAGUGUGAAUUGCUGGGAUCCUGGACCACCUAGAAGUUCCCUUCUUUCACCUCUGGGGUCUGGCUUUGCCACAGAGGAUCCUACAAGCUGUCUGCUAAGCAGAGGCAGGUAACUGCAGGGGUCAAGCGGGAACAUGGGAGGAAGCCUUCUCUUCUCUACUUUGCACAACAGUAACUUUGGGGCUGGCUACUGCUCCACUGAAGGCCCCGCCAUCCCUAGCCUUGCAGAUCUCCCACGCUGUAACCCCCAGUUCAUUCAGAUCCAUCUCUUGGUAACCCCUUCUGUCUCCGUUGGGAAUGGCUCUGGAAAGCUCAGCACUGUUUCAUGAUGGCAUUUCCCCACGCGUUUCUCCUGGAGAAGAGGGGUGCCCCAGCCUCUUUUUCCCCAAGAGUGCGGUGUCCACUGUACCUAGGAUCUGGUGUCCUGGAUAGGGCAACCAAGGUCUCCGAGCCAAGACAGUCUUGAUGGAUUAUGGGGCUUAGGACCUACAUCUGGCCCUAAGUACCUGGGAAUGUGCACCUAACCAACCAUUCCUCAUUACCCAGGCUUGGACGGCCUUGUGGGGACUCAAGGGAUUACGAUUUGUGUCACUUCCUUUAAAUUAUUAACUAUUUAUUGUAUCCGGAACCUGUGAUUCAGCUCUCCCAGCCAGACCCUGGGAUGGGAGAGAGAAAACGGGGAGAGGGAGGUGCCCCUCCCUUCCCCACUCUGUCUAGCUCUCAUCACUGUCAGACCCACCAGAGCUGAGGGCGGAGGGACUGGGGGCUGGGGCAGCCUGGGUCCCCAUCCCCCUCUCUGUGCCUCGGUCUCCCCCCUUCCAUGGUGAGCGGGGGGAAGCUCCAUUCUUAACCUACCUCGUUUUGGGAAGGGGUGGGAUGGGGGACCAGAGUGCUGUAUGGUGCUGUGAGAUCUUUGGGUUAAGCAGUGGGGACUGGGGAAGGUUCCCUAGUCUCCAUCUCCCGGUACCCCCCUCCCAGGUCCCCAGCCCUGUUCCCUGCUGACACCCACCUCUGAUCCAUGAUUCCCUUUCAUUGCCCCCGUACCUGGGGUCCGUGGCAGGCUGAACCCUGGGAGCCAGGGAGACCUCAGACCCUGGAGCCCCCCAGUUUUCCAGCUGCUUGCCCCUCAGAUUGGAUGCUUGCCCACCCCCCAGAUUUUGGGGGACGCACGCCAACAUAUAUCUUCCUGGUCAUGAUUCCAAGCCAGUCUGUGACCUCAAUAUUGUUAGGGUCAGUGCAGGCUGAAGUGGAGGGAGGAUGGGGCCAAAGACUCAGCCUUGUCAUUGGGGGAGGGGCACUUGAGAUCUGCUCCAAGAAAUGUCUGUGACAGUGU